AUGGGAGGUAUCAUUAGUAGCGAAGCGGAUUUAGCUGAUAAUGCAGCUCUGAAAAAGUUCACAGGGUUAGAAACGAUUUCUGAUAAUGACCCUUUCUGGAAUAAUUUACUUUCUUUCAAUUUGAAAAUAGAUGAGAAAGAGAAUGAAGUUGUUCGAAGUUUCGACGAGGCGACUAUUGAACUUCUGUCUUCGUUAAUGUUCAAUACUCAACGUACUGGCAACUUCUCAUCGUUAAUUCGUGUGUUCCUCAGACGUGCUUCUGAACUCAAAAUAUCCGAGCAAUGUGAAAACAAAAUAUUCUUGUGGCAAACUACCAAUUCACUCAUUAUUCUCCGUUAUAUAUUCAAAUUCCUUACUGAACGUAUGAAUGAGUCUGAGUUUGUGAAAGUUUUUGAUUGGGCGCCACCAACAUCAGCUGAAAGCGAUUCAGACGAUUCUGAUGAUGAAGAAACUGGAGAUAAUGCAAUUGUUAAAUCAAGCACCUGUGAGGAAUUCAUGGUCGUGUUGCUCAAUAUAUUACGCGAAUUACCUGUGAAUGACAUCACAAUGGGCAUUCACAUUGAAACUGUAAAAUGUAUUAUUACUAUUCUAAGCGCUCAAUUGUAUCGAGAAGACUGCUCACAUACUUCCUUGAUCUUCGGAUACUUCCAAAAUGGGUCUUGCUCUCCACUGAGUGCGGAUCUAUGCAAAACUCUGCUUAACAAUUACCUUCAUCAUAAUAACGAAUACAUUAUACCCAAACCAAAAGAACCAGAAAGUUUGGUUAUAGGAUUGGCUUCUUCAUUUUGGUCAAUGGUACAAGUCGCUGCAGGAAUUGAAGAAGUACCUGGUAAAACUGAUGAUUUAUCACUGACGUUGGGUGGAGUAUCUCUUCUCUUACUCCUCAAUUUGUCUUGCCAUAACACUGAAGGAUUGAAUCCAUUCAAAGAUAUUCUUUCGGUGUUUCAAAAUUCACAAGAGGUUUCUACACUUCUUACCGGCAUAGCUAACUUCAAAAUACCAUAUUCUGCACUUUAUGAACGCUUGUGUGCCACAGCAUCACAAGAGCCAUCCAUGCUUCUCUUGUAUUUGCUUCUUCAUAGAAACACUGGCUUCAGAAACUUUGUAUUAUCACGUAUUAAUCUGGAGAAUUUGGUUGUUCCUGUACUCCGCAUUCUACACGAAGGGGUUUCAGCUCCAAUGACCAAUUCCCACCACAUGUAUCUUGCCCUCAUUGUAAUUCUUAUUUUUAGCGAAGACGACUUUUUCUGCAAAAUAAUCCAUGAGACGAUGGUUAAAGAUGUUGACUGGGUCGAAUCGGAUCGUCCUUUGAGAGAAAUUUCCCUUGGCGGAUUAACUGCUUUAAUUUUCAUUAGAACUAUUCAAAAAAAUGCUCUGAAGAUGCGGGAUCGAUACUUACAUACAAACUGUUUGGCUGCUUUGGCCAACAUGUCGUCCUGUUUCAAAAACUUGUCACCUGUUGUUUGCCAGAAGCUCAUAACUCUAAUCGAGGUCUUGUCCAAAAGACAUGCAAAGAUGGUUGAGCAUAUGAGAACAAGUAGUGAAUUGGAUGUGGUUGAAGGACAGCCACCCAAUUUCCAUGAAGACAUCACAGCUCUAGAGGAAGGCAUUCGAACACUUCUGGAAAUUAUUAACAGCACACUCACUUCGUCUCUUCGUCAUAACCCUCAUCUGGUGUACACUCUUCUGUAUCAUAGAACUCUCUUCGAUUCAUACCAGCAUCAUCCGAUGUUCCAAGAUCUGUUGGGCAACAUCGCUGCUGUCAUUUCACACUUCAGUUCCAAAGUUGUUCAUGUCAAAGCUGGUGACGGUGCCGGUUUGAUGGAGGUGAUCGAGAAGGAAGUUCUUGUGUGGCCUACUGAUCGUUUGGCAAAGUUCCCAGAAUUGAAAUUCAGGUAUGUGGAGGACGAUAACACAGUCGAUUUCUUCGUGCCUUACGUGUGGAAACUUUCUGUCGACUAUUCAUUCAUUCAUUUCGAUCGUACACGAAUCAAAAUGUUCAAUGCCUCAUAA